AAAAAAGACCGCGGGAGAUAACUCCAAAUUUCCUAUUUCCAUGGCGAUUUCUCUAGCUUCAACUAUUAUCGCUCCACUGUCUCUCCCUUGCCGCCGCCGCAUCCACCCGAUUUCCAGUCCAAAUCACCAGCAAAAGACAGGCGAAUUCCGGCUUUGCGCGAAGAAUCCAACCAACGACACAUCAAUUAAUAACACAGACAAAGUCGAACCUGAAAAUCUGCUGCUGAAAAUCGCCUGGUACGGAUCGGAAUUCCUAGGAAUAGCGGCCUCUCUCCUCCGCUCUCCGUCAGAAACUGCGGAUUCCGGAGCUGACGUGGAGCUCUGUGCCGACGGAUUGGGGAAAAUCGAUCGAGCCGCUGUUGUGGAGACGAUCAAACAGGAUUUCAACCGAUCCUAUUUCGUGACAGGAAAUGUGACGGUGGAUGCUUAUGAAGAAGAGUGUGAAUUCGCAGAUCCAGCGGGUUCAUUCAGAGGUCUGAGUCGGUUCAAGAGAAAUUGUACAAAUUUUGGUUAUUUAAUCGAGAGAUCGAAUAUGAAGCUGAUGAAAUGGGAGGAUUUUGAGGAUAAAUGGAUCGGUCACUGGCGUUUCAGCUGUGUCAUGUCGUUUCCAUGGAAGCCGAUUCUCUCUGCUACUGGUUAUACUGAGUAUUUCUUUGAUGAGAAAUCUGGAAAAGUAUGCAGGCAUGUUGAAUACUGGAAUGUACCCAAAAUGACUCUUCUGAAGCAGCUUUUAAAGCCUAGCAAGAGCAGCAAUAAGUCAAGUUGAGUUUGUAAUUAGUGAGACAUUGUUGUAACUCUGUGAGACAUUGAAAGGAGAAAUAUAUACUGGUUCUUUCAAA